AUGCGUCUGAGACUUGAAUGGAUUUUGCUUUUCUGUGCUCUGCACCUUGGAGCUGGUGCGCGCCAGAGCCGUAACGACGUGAGCGAUCACGUGAGUUCUGCGAGUUCUGUGAGUUCGGUGAGUCCCUGCGCACCGCUGGAUGGAUGCGACUGCUGGCAGACAAAGGUUUGCAGUUCUUGUUCACUGCCGGAGUGUGGCAUUCAGCAUGUUCGGAGCGUCACGGCGCUCUCCGGUGGAACCAACCGCUUGAGCGAGGGUUUCGCAGCAGCCUACGGCUUGGAGGAUUCUGCUGGAAAGCGCUGGGCUCUGAAACUUGCGGACCAGGUGAACGACUCCUACCAAGAAUCCGUGCUUGCCUCACAGCUUGCACACAGAUUGGGCGUGCCAACGCCAAGGGUUCUGCAAAUUUCCUUGGCUUCCUGCCCUGCCGUGUUCCAGCAUGAAGGCCUGAAGGAGGCCGUGGCAGAGUUCCAGAAACAGAAGAAGCAGUGGGCCUUGCUGCAGGAGUUUGCCAGCGAGGGCUCCGAGCUUCCCUGCACUGCGAACGGUCAGCCCUUCUGGGUGCAAGUGGGUCAGAUUGCCAUGUUCGACUGGCUUACGGGGCGGAAUGAUUUGUUCAACGAUUUAUUCGUGGGUGGGGAGAUGGCGUUGGCUGAAAACAUGGUCCACAACAAGGACAACAUAGUAACCUCUCCGUCGCAAGCUGUGGAGAUUGACUUGGGCUUCUCCACACCCUGCUGCCUAGACGACUUCACUCAGAUAUUGGAAGAGUUAGGGCACAAGAAGCGGAUUGACUGGGUGGAAUCCCACAUUCUGGUAUUGAUGUGCGAAGGCAGGCGCGGUGGCUUGGGCUCCAGCACUUGCUCCUCGGGCUUCGGCCGCUACGGGCCAGAGCGGCCGAAGGGGUGGCAUGAUGAAAUCUCAAGAAUCCAGAUUGAGCGCGGGCUUGCGGAGACUGCGGUGGAGGCCUUGACCUUGACAGGCAAUCAUGGCUGGUCAUAUCCGAUGUCUUCGACUUUGCAGCUGCUUCAAGAAAAAUGGCCACUAGACGUUGCCGAAGGCAACUUGGGCAACCUUCGCGCACAGGAGGACGCUGCGAUCGAAUCUCUGGACAAAACGCCUCCCCUCAUGAAAUGCUGCAGCGUUGAUUGCCAGUAUCGGGGUCGCUUAUGGAUUUGGCACCACUGUGGACAGAAAGCUUUGAAAACAAUCCCCGUUGCACAAGAUUGCAACAUACGACUAAACGCCGUGGCAAAUUCGGUGCACUGCACUCCGAUGUGCAACGGACAUAGCAAAGUCUGGGGCGAAGUGGUGGAGAGCACUGGCAACUGCCCGGCAUAG